UCGGAUACAACUUUAUUUCGAGUCAAAUGGAAAUGGAAAGUUACAAAUCAAAACUGCAAAGUGAUGUGGAUUAUUUCUACGCUGGAUUCAUUGCUGUUGUUGCUACAGUAUCAGGCCUGGGGAACACUCUACUGCUCACCACGUUACUGAGAAGAUUUUCCACACUUAAAGCACCAGAGCUCCUGUACAUCAACCUGUCUCUAUGCGACUUAGUGGCAGUCAUCUGCAUGUACCCGCUGUGCAUAGUUUCUGCCUUAAAUCAUGGCUGGAUGGGUGGGAAAUGGACCUGUACUUACUAUGGACUAAUAGGAUGUAUGCACGCGGGAGCCCAUAUCAUGACACUCACGUUCCUGGCUGUUGUUCGGUGCAUUAUUUCAUUCAAUGCUUAUCGUCCCAGGAAGUUUCUGACUAGGAAGAAGGUCUUCAACAUCGUCCUCCUCAUUUGGAUGCAUGCUGGUUUGUGGGCGUUGAUGCCGCUGUGGGGCUGGGGGAAGUACGGUCCAGAGGUCCACGGUCUGUCCUGCUCUCUGGCGUGGGGUGAGCUGUGCGAGGCCGGCGGCCUGUCCUUCAUCUUCAGCAGCUUCGCCACCAUGCUGAUCAUCCCCGCGGUGGUCAUUGUGACCUGUUACACUUGCAUCGCCGUCAGGCUGCACCUCCAGUACAAAAGCAUGGAGAGCCGAAGGAGGAUGUCCAGGCGAUUGCAAGUGGUCCGGAGAGUCGUUUUGAUUGCAGUGCUCAUGAGUGCGGGCUUCCUCACUGCCUGGCUGCCAUAUGCAACAGUCAGCUUCUGGUUGAUCUUUAACCCGACGUCGACACUCCAUCCGGUGAUCUCCCUGCUCCCCAGCCUCUUCGCCAAGAGCUCAGCCGCCUACAACCCCAUCAUCAUCUCCAUCAUGUGCUUGCGCUUCCGCAGCGACGUCAAGCAGCUGCUGGCUGAUAUCUGCUCAGGUGGCAAAGCAGACGUGGCUUUGGCUGAAAGACCUAAUGACUCGGGCUACUUAAGAGACCUGGAACUUCAAAGCUUCUGCUAUCAAGAGGGAUGGAAAAUGAGCCUCUUGCUGUUGUCCCAUGUGAAUGCUACUGUGGCAGAGUACUCCACGGUCAUCAUCUCUGUGACCCAUUUCCGUGACGAGUGUGAAAUGGAUUGUGCCCCAGGUCUGGCAGUGCAGACAGAGCCAGCACAGAGGGAGGAGGAUGCGUUGGGAGGUGGGUGCUGUUGGAUCUGCGACGGCGAGGUGGUGUGGGUGUGA